AUGUAUCUGAACAGGGAAGAGGACAACAGCAAAGGCUCCGUGUCCCUCAGUGUGUUCCUGGUCUCCCUCGCAGUGACAGUGUGUGCUGUUUGGCUGGUGGCUCUUUGUGGCGUCUGUGGUUGGUGUCAACGCAAGCUGGGGAAGAGGAAUAAGCCAGGAGUGGAAACAGCAGACACUCCAGACUCGGCACGUGGGCGAGGGGAGAAGAAAGCCAUCAAUGAUCUAGACAGAGACUUUUGGAAUAACAAUGACAGCAGCACAGUGCAGCAGAGGUGGAGCUCCUAUCCCCCCAAGGAGUUCGUACUAAACAUUUCUCCCUAUGCCCCAUAUGGAGAUCCUCGCCUCACGCUCAAUGGGGCAGUGUCAGGGGGUCAGAAGGGGGCAGCAACUGGGCAUGGGGAUGCUGGGGGGGGUCCUUAUCGCAGUGACAGCGUGAAGAGCAUGGUGACAGAGGGAGUGAAGGCCGGGAGGUGGCAGACCGUCCAGGGCCACAUGCAGUCUGGAGGACUGAGACCCAGCAACUUUGGGGAUCCAGUCUUAUCCUAUGCCUCCACAUUGGAGCACAUCCCGUCUGGGCCGGCCCGGCCUCGGACGCUGCUGCGCCAGCAGAGUCUUCAGCAGCCUCUCAUCCACCCAUCAGGCCCUGGUCUCUGCCAUCCCCCCACCACAUCCCAGAGCUUGGGACAAUUACACACAGCACCCGGACAGCCUGGGGGAGGCGGGGGUACGCGAGGCGGUCCCCGGGGUGCACGGGGCAGCCCGGCAGGAGCAGGUGCCUCUCGCUAUAGGGGAGGUGGAGCAGGAGGGCGCUCGCGUGCCAAUCCUGGCAGCUGGGAUUACAUGAUGGACCAGAUCCGGAACCGUGGCCUUGACGUCAAGUCCUUCCUUGAAGGGAAGCUGGUGGUCCUGGCUUUGGCCAUUGGUGUGGCAGAGCAAGAUGACUUUGCCAAUAUCCCUGACCUGCAGGAAACAGCGCAGGCAGCACCAGCAGCCAAUCAGGAGCCCCCUCCUGAGAAGAGGGGCAACAAGCCAGCUAACAGCCCUAAGGGCCAACCCCCUGAUGCUGACGGCCACUCCUCCGUCACUGACCUGGCCAACUCUCUCACUGGAGACAUGGUGAUGCUGUCUCCAGGGUCGGAGGAUGAUGACGGUGAGGGGCCUAUCAGUGAAAAGCUGGGCCGGAUCCAGUUCAGCAUAGGCUACAGCUUCCAGAACACCACUCUUACCGUCAAAGUUCUCAGGGGCCAGGAGCUCCCCGCCAAGGACUUCUCUGGCACCUCCGACCCCUUUGUCAAAAUCUACCUGCUGCCUGACAAGAAGCACAAGCUGGAAACCAAGGUCAAGAGGAAGAACCUCAACCCCCACUGGAAUGAAACCUUCCUGUUUGAGGGCUUCCCUUAUGAAAAGGUGAGAGAGCGCACUCUCUACCUUCAGGUGUUGGACUACGACCGCUUCAGCAGGAACGACCCCAUUGGAGAGGUGUCGAUCCCCCUUAAUAAGGUGGAACUGGGCCAGAUAAAGACCUUCUGGAAGGAGCUGAAGCCCUGCAGUGAUGGCAGUGGGAGACGAGGAGACCUGCUGGUGUCUCUCUGCUAUAAUCCCACUGCCAACACCAUCACUGUGAACAUCAUCAAAGCGCGCAAUCUCAAAGCCAUGGAUAUCGGGGGCACCUCAGAUCCAUAUGUGAAGGUGUGGCUGAUGCACAAGGACAAGCGCGUGGAGAAGAAGAAGACGGUGACGAUGAAGCGCUGUCUGAACCCCGUCUUCAACGAGUCCUUCCCCUUCGACGUGCCCGCCCAUGUUCUGAGGGAGACCACCAUCAUCAUCACCGUCAUGGACAAGGACAGGCUCAGCCGCAACGACGUUAUCGGCAAGAUCUACCUAUCGUGGAAGAGUGGACCAGCGGAAGUGAAGCACUGGAAAGACAUGCUCGCCCGGCCGCGUACUAACGUUGCCCAGUGGCACGCUCUCAAGGCCUGAUCGCACCGCCCAGCUUCCUCCGUGGCCCCUUCCCGUCUCCCGUUCUC